CGUAUUACGCCAGUGCCUGUAUGCCCAUAUCUUCCCCAUCCCUGCUUUUGUUUUGCAACUCUUUUUUCACUUGGCGAACAGUAACAAGACUAACAACCAAUCCGAAGUCGAUGUGGCGUCAACAAUUUAUCCCAGCUAAAUUUUGAAGGAUCAUCUGCCUCCUUACAAGAUCAAGCAUAUAAGCGUGCUUCAUCAGCUGGAUGCAAAUCCUCGAUGGUUGGAGGAGCCCUAAUUGCGACCACUAGCUAGCCAUCCGACAAUCCGAGCGGCGACCAGCGCUCGACCAGCGCCUUCGCGCAAUAUGGACCACUCACACGCAAAGCCACAACCAAAGAAGCGCGUUCUGGUGGUCGGAGCAGGGGCAGCAGGGAUCUCUUGCGCAUGGAGUCUGUCGCGCCAUCCGGAUCGCUUUGAGGUCGAGGUCUGGGAGGCACUGCCGGUGCCAGGAGGGGUGGCAUCGUCGUGCACAGUCAAAGAUGGUAAGUGCGUCAUUAACGACCAGGUGCAAGGCGGCGCCCCUUCCUACCGCCACAACCUCCGGCUGCUCGAGCUGUUCGGGUUCAAACCCUCGCGAGUGCACAUGCGCAUCGCCUUUGGGGUGGGCGACGAACAAUGGACCAACCACAGCCCAAGCGCGCUGACCGCCCGCCUGCAACCCGAGAUCGCCCGCUUCGGCCGCGUGCUGAGGUGGAUACACCGGUUGGAGCCCAUCUUCGUGUUCGUACCCAUAGACCGGCUGCUGCGCCUGCUGCGCUUCAGCGCCCGCUUCCGCCACGCCAUGGUCUUCCCGCUGGUGGCGCUGUUCUUCGGCACAGGCAACCAGACGCCGCACGUGAGCGCCGCGGUGGUGGCGCGCGUGUUUCUGGACCCGCAGCUGCGCCUCUUCGAGUACUGCCCGCAGCGACUGCUCAACAGCGUACCGGAGAUGUUCGCAUUCCCGGUUCUGGAGGAGGUGUGGGGCACCAUUGCGCGGCAGUCGGGAUUUAAGAUGUGCUGCAGCAGGCCUUUGGCCCGGCUGGUCCGCACCCCUGCGGGCGGUGCUGGUGGUGCUGGCGGUGCUGGCGGUGCUGCUGGCGGCGGUGCUGGUGGUGGUGGGGGCUGCAUCCAGGCCACGGACGCGGCGGGGGCGACCGCUGUGUUUGAUGAGGUGGUGUUCGCUUGCGAUGCGGAGACGGUUCUGCGCACGCUGCACAACCCCUCCUGGCUAGAGCGGCUGCUGCUGCGCAACGUGCGCUACUACACCGACUACUGCCUCACCCACCAGGACGCAGCCUACAUGGCCGACAUGUACGACAUACGGCCCGAGCAGCGGGACAACUACUUUGUACGGACGUACCCGGGGCGCGAUGCCGACAAGAUCGAGAUGAGCUUCAACCUCUGCACCUACCAGCCACACCUUAAAGCGUCCGGCGUGUCCGACAUCUUCCAGACCUACUUCCUGGACGCCUCGCAGCGGCGGCUGUGGAGCGACGCGCAGGUGGCCCCCGACAAGGUGCUGGCGGGCCGCUGGAUGCGGCAGUUCGCGCACACCUGGACGCACUUUGCGCUCUGGGUGCCCUGGGUCCGCUUCAUCCAGGGCACACGCCACACCUGGUACUGCGGCUCCUACACCCUGGUCAACACGCAGGAGAUCGCGGUGAUUUCGGGUCUGGCGGCGGCAGAGCGGCUGGGUGCGGACUACCCCUUCCCAGAUGACCCGCUAGCAGCCCGGCAGUUCGACAACUACCUGGCCGUGGUUCAUGGGGCGCGCAGGCGGGGCAGCAAGGGGAGCAGCAGCCGGGAGCAGGGGAGUAGCAGCCGGGGUUGGUGGGGCUGGUGGGCUGGGUGGUGGGGGCUGGGGCGGGAGAAGACGGCUGCGUGAGGCGCCGGUGAGAGAGAAAGCGCGGUAGGAGCGUAACUGCGGGCGAAGGGGGAGAUUCCUAGGCAGCUUCUUUUGGGGUGCGUGUCGGUGCAGGGCUUCCAGGAGUUUAACGGAUGUGGGCUCAGAGGACGGGGACCUUUCACCGGCAUGUGACGCGUGUGGGUUGGCCUACACGCAGGAGGCCCUUGUUGACACCGGGGGCAAAGGGCGUCUCGUAACCAUACCUUACACACGGUCAGCGGAGGCGGACCAGGGUAGCAACUGGUUGUGGUAGCCGGGGGGCUGGCGUAAGCCAGCAAGUACCUUCUGGCCUCAGGGCAGCUUGCGGAAAGGGAGGAAGCGAGGAAGGGUGACAGGGAAGCAUCGGGAGCGCGAAGUCGUCCAAGAUGUUGACUUGACGACUCCGACCGUUAUGCCUACCUUGACGACGCUACACAAAGCUCGACAUAUCCGCGCAAGGAGUGCAUUGCUGUGUAAAGGAUAUUUGGAUGGUGGUGACGUAAGUGGUGGCUGAUCAUCUUAGCGUCGCAUGUCGGGCCCACUAAGCCAGUGGAUCCUAUGUCCACUGGGAUAGUGGAACGUUGCCCACUAAAUUAGUGACCUGCAAUACAUUUUCCUUUUGCUGUAUUAUAAUUUGUAAUAAUGGGACUUAUA